CCUGAAGGCGGCUCUGGGAACGCUGGGGCAGCUGUGGCUGUGGGCGGCGUGUCCGUUCGGGGGCGGGGACCGGCGACGCGAGCCGCUGGGCUCCGAGGUGGAGCGCGGGGCGGCUGCCCCGAGGCGGAGGCCGCAGGGGCCGCUGUGGGCCGGGAAGUUCCUGAGGGGCCCGGGGCGCCGCCGCGCCCUGGGGUCCCGGCGCGGACGGCCCGCACCCUGCCUGUGCGCCGCCGCGCGCCUCCCGCCCGGCGACCCGAUGGGGAGAAUCAAGCCCAGUAAACUUUUGACUAGCUGUAACUUUUGACUCCCCCAAAACUUCUACAGAACUUGGUCUCAGGCUGGAAAGAGAGACAGCAGGAGGCUGCUCAGACUCGUGUGUGCAGAUGCGGACUCCGACACCACAGGAGUGCCCUGUGGGAGACUGAGGGGCUGUUCCUGGCCCAGCUGGAGGCUGAUCCCAUCUGCCUGAGCCACAGGCCAGGGGCAUGGCAGCGCCCCUAGAGCCUCAGGACCAGGCCCUUGGAGAAGGACUUCUGAUCGUGAAGGUAGAAGACUCCUCCUGGGAGCAGGACUCUGCCCUGCCCGAGGAUGCCAGGGAGGCCCAGGAGGUCGAGUCCUGCCGCCAGCGCUUCCGGCACUUCUGCUACCAGCAUGCCAGUGGGCCCCAUGAGGCCUUCAGCCAGCUCUGGGAGUUGUGCUGCCGCUGGCUGCGGCCCGAGCAGCGCACCAAGGAGCAGAUGCUGGAGCUGCUGGUGCUGGAGCAGUUCCUGAGCGCGCUGCCCAGGGAGCUGCAGGCCCGGGUGCGCGAGCAGCAGCCCCAGAGCGGUGAGGAGGCUGUGGCCCUGGUGGAGGAGCUACAGAAGCCACCAGGGGGAGCCCGGCUGCAGGACGUGCCCUCCCAGGAGGUGGAGUCCGAGGCUUCGGUGCUGGGAGCCCAGGCCAAGGGGCCUCCCCCGAUGGUGGGGGCGCAGGGCCAGCCUGGCCCCGGGGAGCAGCACAGCCCUGAUGCUCAGCGUCCUGCUUUUCUUAAAGAGGGGAGUCCCGGAGACGCCAGGGACACUGGCUUUGCCCCGGGGGUGCACGGACUCGUGACCUUUGGAGACAUUCCCUUCUACUUCUCCCGGGAAGAAUGGAGGUGCCUGGACCCUGCGCGGAGGGACCUCUUCUGGGACAUAAAGCGGCAGAACUCCCAGAACAUCUUCCAGGGUUUGGGGCGCCAGAGUCGGAACGAGAGGCCCCGGCUGGAGGAGGCGGGGCCCACGCGCCUGGGCCGGGCAGGCGACCUGGGCGACGACACCAGAGACGGGCCUGGGUCGUGGCGCUCGGAGGAGGAGGAGGAGUCGGCCGAGGCCUGGGCUAGGCCGGGGGCGGCGGGGGCGCGGGCGGCGGGCGCUCGGCGGGGACACACGGAGAAGCCGCACAGCUGCGACCAGUGCGGGAAGCGCUUCCGCUGGGGCUCGGACCUGGCGCGCCACCAGCGCACGCACACGGGCGAAAAGCCGCACAAGUGCCAGGCGUGCGACAAGAGCUUCCGCAGCUCGUCAGACCUGGUGCGGCACCAGGGCGUGCACACGGGCCAGAAGCCCUUCUCCUGCGCCCAGUGCGGCAAGAGCUUCAGCCGCAGCGCCUACCUGGCCAGCCACCAGCGCAUCCACACAGGCGAGAAGCCGUUCGGCUGCAGCGACUGCGGCAAGAGCUUCUCGCUGCGCUCCUACCUGCUGGACCACCGGCGCGUGCACACGGGCGAGCGGCCCUUCGGCUGCGGCGAGUGCGACAAGAGCUUCAAGCAGCGUGCGCACCUCAUCGCGCACCAGAGCCUGCACGCCAAGACGGCGCAGCCCGUGGGCUGAGAGCGCCCCCAGCGGCCUCUGCCGCGCUCCCUCCCGCCUGCUUGCCGGGCCGGUCCUGCUCCUGCUUCCUGAAGCCCCAGCAGCUCUGGCCACGGAAACUCGGUUGCAGGAAGUGGGGGCUAGGAACCUGGUUGCCUGGUUUGCUCUGGGGCGCUGUUCUGAGGGUAGGGACAGACCUUGAUUCCCCCUGCCCGGGCUCUGACAGGAUAGUCACUGCCCAUGACAGUCUGCCCUGCCUGGGGGCCCACGCCUUACACCUCCAGCGGGGGCUAGGAGGGCACUGUGGUACUUAACACUAGCAUCUAUCAGCACUUGGCUAGCACUGCACCCUGGAGACUGCUGGCCCCAGGUGCACAUGCAGCGCC